CCCUGGUGGAAAGUGAUGGACUAACCUGCCCACAGCAUCACUUCCUUCCUCACCCCAGGUGGAGAGUGGGUGGCUUGUGCCCUGGAGCAUGAGGAUUCACCACUCGCUCCCUCUUCCUGGGAUUUAUUUUCUGUAAUGUAACCAUUGUCUGCACAAAUUGACCUGUGUGAUCAGUGGUGACCCCCUGCAAUCUAAGGAGAGAAAGGACAUGUGGAUGGCAGCUCGGCGCAUGCUGAAAGCAGUCUUGGUGGAUCUCAGUGGCACACUUCACAUUGAGGACUCAGCUGUGCCGGGCUCACAGGAAGCUCUUAAAAGAUUACGCAAUGCUCCAGUUGCCAUUAGAUUUGUGACCAACACAACCAAAGAGAGCAAGAGAGACCUUCUGGAGAGGCUGAAGACACUGGAAUUUGACAUUGCAGAAGAUGAGAUCUUCACAUCUCUGACUGCGGCCAGAAACCUCCUGGAGCAAAAGCAGGUCCGGCCCCUGCUGCUGGUGGACAACAAUGCUUUGCAAGAUUUCAGAGGGAUACCUACAAAUGAUCCCAAUGCCGUGGUGGUAGGACUAGCUCCUGAGCACUUUAACUAUCAGAUGAUGAAUAAAGCAUUUCGGUUGAUCCUGGAUGGUGCCCCUCUUAUAGCUAUACACAAAGCUAGAUAUUAUAAGAGGAAAGAUGGCUUAGCUCUGGGCCCUGGACCGUUCGUAACUGGACUGGAAUAUGCUACAGACACCAAAGCAACAGUGGUGGGGAAACCAGAGACAACCUUCUUUCUAGAAGCCUUAUCGGGGACGGGCUGCAAGCCGGAGGAGACAGUUAUGAUUGGCGAUGAUUGCAGGGAUGAUGUUGGCGGAGCCCAGAAUGCUGGCAUGCUAGGGAUUUUAGUAAAGACUGGUAAAUAUCGAGCAGCAGAUGAAGACAAAAUUAAUCCCGCUCCUUACCUAAUCUGUGAGAGCUUCCCACAAGCAGUAGACCAUAUCCUACAGCAUCUGCUAUGAGAGAAGUGUUUAGUUUGGAGAAACUUGACUCUGUUUUGACAUUGUUGCCUCCCUUCCGCCUCACAAACUAAAACUCAGAGCACAGUGUGCAUCACACCUGCAAUCAGGCAAUGAACACGUCUCACUGCAGAGUACUGAAAGGAAAUGAUACUGAUGUGCAACCCAGUGGCAAAUCAUUGGUAAACUCUUUUACUUCCCUGAAGAUGGAACACAGAGAGUGGAAAAGUAGGUCUCCCAGUGUUCGUCAGGUCAGAUGGCAGGUGGAGGGAAACCAACCAGCAGACGAAACAAUUUGCUUUCUUGUAUCGUGUAGGGAAAGGAGGGAAAUUCACAUAGUCUUUCUUUGACUGUUUAGGAAGUAACUGUUUUAAAAAGCCCAUCUGAAAUGUGCCAAGUUAGUUAAACUAUAAAACCUAUGAGAAAUGUGCCAAGAUAAUAAACAUCAACAAAGCAUAAUAGCCAUUUUUAGCCUAAAUGAUGAUAGCUUUGUUGGUUCUUGUAUGUUUGUUUUAGUUACCAUGUGUCUCCUCUCUCUGCUGUAAUCUGACUAAUUUAAAUGUAGAGAUGGUACACAUUAAGAGUAUCUUACAAUUUACGAUAUCACCAUUACUAAUACCAAUCACUGCUGAUUUCUCACCCUCUAUUCAAACAGGUAACAAUUGUUUUUUCAAGUUUUAUGUAAAAUUCAAACAACCAGUAUUUUACAGAUGUUUUAAUUAGAUGCUGUUAUAAACAGGAAUGGUGCAGAAAUAAAAAUCUGGUCCUUAAUGGCUUUAUAGGACAUGAAUUUUUGAAGUUAGACUUCAGCAGGGUCCUAUUAACUAUACAAUUGCAAGAUUUCAUUUUUUUUCCCCUUUCUAAUGCUAUGAGAAAAAUCCUUCAAAACCCAUGGGACCGAUUAAAGCUUUUAAGCACUUGGUUAAUACAGCUGUAAAAUGAAAUCUCAUUCUGCAGCAUGUAUUGUUCUUCCUGCAUGUGUUAAAUCCACCAAAAUGAACUAACUUUGUAAUGAUGGUAAAUGGCUUUCCUGGUCCGUUUGCAAGCUGUACUAAUCAAAGUCCUUUCCAGUUGUUUUACAGUGCUCCUGAGUGUUAAGUUAUUAGACUGUAAUUGUACAUCAUUGUAGUACUCACCUUAUUGAAAAUAUAGUUUUGUGUUAA